AUGCCUUUCACUGCAAACACAACACAAACAGUAAUACAAAGACUUUUAAAUCACACAAACGUUUGUGAUUUAAAUCGGUUUGUGUCCAUCCAUUGAGUCGAUUAUCGCACCAUUGGAUCAGUUUGUGGUGACGAAUAUGAAGAGACGAAGAGGAGUGCGCCAGAAGUCGGUCGGAGACGAUAGUCUUCGCAGUGAUUACAACCUGCGCUCCAAUUCAUGUAAACGCGUCAAACGCGACCUCAAGAGCGGUGACCACAGCCUCGCCAGCGGUGGUAACCAAUUGAUGAAUAGUCAGAACUGCGAGGACUUGUCGCAGAGGAAUGUGUCGACCAUUAGUCAGACGUCUGUCACCCAUAAGACCACGAAAAUGCCGAACAAGUCAUACAAUUUGCGGCGAAGAGUCACUCGCAGCGGAUCCAGAGGUGGCCGUCACGUGACUGAACCCCUGAGUUUGGUCACCAUUGAUGACUUGCCCGACGACUGUCUGCUCGACAUCUUCGAGCGGUUGGACACCAUUGAGGACAAGUGCGCACUGCAGAGGGUGAAUAAGAGGUUCUACUCUCUGGUGAACCGCUUACUGGUCGCUCAGAAGUCAUUCACCGUUGGAUCCACUUUUGGCCCAAACAAUGAACAAAUGCUGACACAAAGGAUUUGCCGGACAAUUAUCAGCAAAUGUCCAAAUCUGCAGACAUUCAAAAUGCCCGGAUUCUACACCAAGACAUCCAUCAAUUCAUUCGAUGAGCGGAUCGGAGACAAAGAGAUGUAUGUCUUGGGAAAGAAGUGCAAAGAUCUCAAAGAACUAGACAUCUGCGGCUGCGGUAAUGUCACCGAAAAGGGCAUCAACUUUAUUGCCGAAAUCUGUCCAAAGUUGGAGAAGUUGUCCAUUAGUUUCUGCCUUCAAGUGUCCGGCGCUUCGCUCCAGAAGUUGACAAAGAAUUUCAGGACUCUUUCGAUUAACACUAAUGAUAUGACACCC